AUGACAGAUAAUCAUGCAUCAAGAACGAGAUCACAUGUCGAAAAAUUAUCUCAUUCUCAUGAAUUACAUGAACAUCAAUGUUCUUCAUCAUUGAAACAGAAUCCUCGAAUUACUUCAGUUAUUCAUAUUUCUGUUAGACCAACUAGCAGUAUCCGUAUACCUUUAGAUAAUAAAGACAAUAAGAGUAUCAAUUGUAAAUCAGCAAUUGUAACAACUCGUCAAAAUCGUAAUAGUUUGAAAGAAUCAAUUAAUAAAAAAAAUUCUAUCAAACGGUCAACAAGUGCAACAAGUUCUGUCAGUGUGACUAGAGUUCAUCGUCCAUCAUCACAGUUUCGUGACAAGUCAUGGAAAUCUACUGAUGAUUUAAAUCAAAAAUUUGAGUAUGCGAACAAUUAUGAAACAAAUUCAACUAUCAAACAUCAUCAAUCUAGAACAAGCGAAAAUACUAUUAUCAAUAAAACAAUUUCAACAAAUCAUAUUAAAAACAAAAAAUUAUUGGGAACAGUAGAAGAUUUAACAAAUCCUGUACAUAAAUAUUAUCAUUUAGCAAAAAAGAAAAAGAUCAAGAAUUGGUUUAAAUAUUAUUGUCAAUGUUCACGACGACGAGUAUUCAUAUCUUUAUGUUUUCCUAUUCUUCUUAGUAUAAUUAUCGGUAUUAUUAUUCUUAUUAUUCUAUUAAACAAAUCCAAAGUAACAACUAUAACACCUUCUCCUAUAGCCAUUCUUCGUUGGAAUACCACUGGUAUAACAUUGUUUGGUACUACAGGCAUAAGAGGAAACACAUCUCAACAAUUUUACAGUCCUUUUGGUUUAGCAUUCGACUCAUUGAGUAAUCUCUAUGUUGGUGAUAGAUAUAAUCACCGAAUUCAAAAAUGUAAUAUCAUAACAUUAACUUGUACAACAAUAGCUGGUCAAGCAAAUGCAGUAAAAGGAACCAAUAUGAGUUAUUUGAAUGGUCCUACUUAUGUUUAUAUUGAUUCGAAUGAUAAUUUAUAUAUAGCAGAUUCUGAUAAUUAUCGAGUUCAAUUUUGGAGUUAUGGUGCAUCUUAUGGCAAGACCAUUGCUGGAAUAACAGGUUCUUCAGGUUCAGCAUUAAAUCAAUUCAGCAUUCCAUAUGGCAUUGCACUAGAUUCUAAUUCAAAUACAGUAUAUAUUUCAGACUAUAAUAAUCAUCGUGUUAUGAAAUACUUAUCAGGUAGUUCAUCGGGUACUAUUGCUGCUGGUGGAAAUGGUUUUGGAACAAACAAUACAAAAUUAUAUCGUCCUGCUGGUCUUAUAUUGGAUUCAUCAACAAAUAGUCUUAUCAUUGCUAAUUUUGGUGCAAGUAAUAUUGUUCGUUGGGUCUUAGGUGAUAAUAAAUGGACAAUUGUUCAAGGUGAUCCUAAUGGAUUGAAUGGUAAUACAUCAACAUUUCUUGAUCAUCCUACAGGUAUAACAUAUGAUCCAAUGGGUAAUCUGUAUGUAGCAGAUAUGUUUAAUCAUCGUAUACAAAUGUACGAAGUUGGUCAAACAAAUGGUACUACAAUUGCGGGUAUAUCAGGAAAACUUGGAAAUAAUUCAACUAUGCUUUAUUAUCCUGUUUCGGUAAUCCUUGAUAAUCAACUUAAUUUAUAUGUCAGUGAUUCAUUUAAUCAAAGAAUACAAAAAUUUGUUCGUUAUUAA